GCCACUCAACAUCGCAUCUUAAAAGGCUUACGUUUCGAAGCCAUGAAUGCGCGGCACGAUCAAAUCUCAAAGGCCCAUAAUGAGACAUUCGAAUGGGCAUAUACAUCGCAAUCAACAGCGGAUCACUCUUGCAAACAGUUCAAGUUCGCUGAGUGGUUACGGUCUGGAGACGGUCAUUACUGGAUUGCCGGCAAACCGGGCUCUGGGAAAUCAACGCUUGUCAAGUUUCUGUACGACAAUCCCCGCACACUCUUGGAGCUGGAAGAUUGGCGUGGGCAGAAAGAAUUAGUCAUCGCAAGCUUCUUCUUCUGGAACUCUGGUACAGAAGGGCAAAGAUCCGUAGAAGGCCUGCUCCAGUCACUUUUGUACGAAAUCCUAAGAAAAUGCCCAAAUCUGAUUCCCAUAGUAGCACCACAAAGAUGGCAAGAAUGGUCUUUGAACCACUCGGAAUCUGUACCCUGGUUUCAGAGGGAGAUGAAGGAUGCGUUUCGACGAAUUCAAGGGCAAGGCGCUAUAUUUGCAAAGUCCUGUUUUUUUAUUGAUGGCCUUGAUGAGUACGACGGAGACCAAUUAGAUCUCAUCAGCAUACUUCAAGACCUUACAUUAUCACCUGAUAUCAAGCUACGUGUCUCAAGUCGACCCUGGAACGUCUUCCAAGAUGCUUUCGGUCAGAACACUGAACGCAGACUCCUUUUUAAAGAUCUUACAAAGCCUGAUAUUGAGCGGUUCGUUCGCGACAAGCUGGAGUCUAGCCCGCAGUUUAAAUCACUAACAGCCAUGGAUAAUCGAUACGACGAAAUUGUCGAAGAGAUUGUGCAAAACGCUGAUGGCGUAUUCUUAUGGGUGUUUCUCAUUGUUCGAUCGCUCUUGCAAGGUCUGGUGAAUUGCGACCGACUCUCUGAAUUACAGCGUAGGAUACACAUGCUCCCUUCAACACUUGGAAAGUACUUCCUGCAUAUCAUUUCUACUACGGACGAGACCUAUUCGGAACGUGCAGCUGAGACUUUCGAAAUUGCUCUCAAAGCUAUCCGCCCCCUAGACCUGUUGAUAUACUCAUACCUCGAUGAAGAAGACCCAUAUUAUGGAAUCAACGCAGAGAUCAAGGAUCUGUCGCUUCAAGAGACGAUGCACCGAUUGCAAGCUAUGAAAAGACGCCUCAAUGUACACUGCAAUGGAUUGCUCGAGAUUACGAUCAAGUCUUCAUCGAAGCGGGAUGCAGUGCUCGAGAUGGUAAAUGAGGACGAUUUGCAAAUAGUUCGUCUUUUCCUUGAUAUCGGCGCCGAUCCUAAGGAGCAACAACAAGCAUGCGUGGCGUGGGAGAUUACACUUCAGAGGCUUGAGAAUCUGGCCAAAAGGGAUGAUAUUGUCCACUCCCGAAGAGAUGAAAUGCUGAAAUGCAUUGAGCAGUACCGAAGCAUAUUCCUAGCUUACGGCGUAGAACUGACUCCUACAAAGCCUUCCGUGGAUUUGAAUGCACAUGAGGAUGCUUGGGGUACGAUGCAUUCUCCGGAUUAA